AUGGCUAACCCAGAACCUAUCCACGACGAGGCCAAGGUCGCGGAGCAGGCUCCCUCCAUUGCGCCACUGGGACUGGAGCCCACCACAGACAAGUCGCUCGGCAGCAACGCUGCGGUCUCGUCGGCCCUGCCUGAGACCAACAUCAUCCGCAAGAAGCUGAGCGGCUACGUGGGUUUCGCCAACCUGCCCAACCAGUGGCACCGAAAGUCUAUCAAGAAAGGCUUCAACCUCAACGUGCUCAUUGUUGGCGAGUCCGGUCUCGGCAAGUCCACGCUGGUGAGCACGCUCUUCAACAACGACCUGUAUCCCCCCAAACCGCGCAAGGACCCUGCCGCGGAGCCUCCCAAGACUGUGGAGAUCCAGUCGGUGACCAAGGACAUUGAGGAGAACGACGUGCGCCUGCACCUGACCGUGAUCGACACGCCCGGCUUCGGCGACUUUGUCAACAACAGUGACUCGUGGAAGACGAUUGUGGACUACAUUGACAAGCGGUUCGACAACUACCUGGACGCCGAGAACCGGGUGAACCGAACGUCCAUCAACGACACGCGGAUCCACGCCUGCGUCUACUUUAUCCAGCCCACGGGCCACUCGCUCAAGCCCCUGGACAUCACCGUGAUGAAGAAGCUGCACAAGAAGGUGAACCUGAUCCCUGUGAUUGCCAAGUCGGACACGCUGACCGACGAGGAGAUUGAGAACUUCAAGCGGCGGAUUCUGGCCGACAUCCGGCACCAGGAGAUUGACAUCUUUGCUCCUCCGCAGUACGAGAACGACGACGCCGAGUCCGUCACCGAGACGCACGAGAUCAUGUCCAAGGUGCCCUUUGCCAUUGUGGGCUCCACCCAGCAGGUGCAGACCGCCGACGGCCGAACCGUGCGGGGCCGGUCCUACCCCUGGGGAGUGAUUGAGGUGGACAACGAGGAGCACUGCGACUUUGUCAAGCUGCGUCAGCUGCUGGUGCGAAACUACCUCGAGGAGCUGCGGGAGAAGACGGCCCACACACUGUACGAAAACUACCGAACUGAGAAGCUGUCGUCGCUGGGCAUCCAGCAGGACCACUCUGUGUUCCGGGAGGUGAACCCCGCGCUGCGCCAGGAGGAGGAGCGAACACAGCACGACGCCAAGCUGGCCAAGAUGGAGGCCGAGAUGAAGUCUGUGUUCCAGCAAAAGGUUGCCGAGAAGGAGCAGAAGCUGAAGCGGUCUGAGGCCGAGCUGUUUGCCCGACACAAGGAGAUGAAGGACCAGCUGGAGAAGCAGAGGCUGGAGCUGGAGGAGCGCAAGGCGCGGCUCGAGGCCGGUCGAAACACCCAGGACGACCGGAAGCCCAAGAAGGGUUUCCUUCGGUCGUAG